CUGUAAGAUACUCACAAGCCAAAUCUGAUUUUAUCAUGGACGUUAUAACAUACUCAAUAUACUAAACAAUCUAGUGUGUUUUAGUAUGUUCUAAUAAUAUCAACAGUUUGACUUUAGUAACUUCACUAGGUGUCAGUGUGGUAGAAAACGUUACAGCCCGAGGGAGUAUUAUUGUUAACUCGGCAUCACCAGUCUAAUACACGUCACAGGAAACGUAACGAAUCGAAUGGCUUCACCUGUGUGAGUAAGGCGGCAGCAAGACAGGUAAACAGGACAGUGCUCAUAGAAACAAAGAGAAACUUACGAAGAAUUUGGAAUAAGGAGACACUAUGCUGGCUGUUUAUCUAUUGCUGAUAAUAGUGACAUCUACUGGCGUACAGAAUAGUUUUUCCUUGAAUGAUUUUAGAGAGAACGAAGUUGACCAAGAUCGACUUGUAUAUGAGCCGACCUAUUUCGUUGUCGCUUCAAAGGUCGUAAGGCCAGGUCAGGUGUAUAGGGUAUCCGUCACUGUUUUCCGUUCUUCAGUACCAGUGACCGUCCGAGCGUCCGUGCAGAGGAAUGGGGUCGAACUGUCUUCAGCACUAGAAGAGUGCAGAACAAACAUACCAGAAACUUUGUUAUUAAAGAUACCCCCAACUAGUGUGGUGGGUGUUUACAAACUCCGCGUUGAAGGGAAUGUAAAUGGUGUAUUGGGUGGAGCAGCAUUUCUCAAUGAGACCUACCUGGAAUUUUCGCAGCGGACCAUGACAAUUUUCAUCCAGACAGAUUGUCCAAUUUACCGCCAGGGCCAGACUGUUCGAUUCAGAACAAUUCCAAUCACAACCGAUUUGAAAGCUUUCUCUGAUGCCGUGGAUGUGUAUAUGCUAGACCCAGAAGGAACCAUAAUGAAACGAUGGCUGUCUCGCCAGAGUAACCUUGGUGCUGUUAGUUUGGAAUACCCACUGUCUUUACAGCCAGUUUAUGGACGCUGGAUCAUUCGUGUCGUAGCCCAGGGCCAAAUAGAAGAGAAAACGUUUGUAGUAGAAGAAUAUUAUCAAACAAGAUUUGAAGUGAAUGUCACAGUGCCGGCUUUCUUCAUGAUCACUGACAGUGACGUACAUGGAUACAUUGUAGCCAACUAUACAAGUGGAGCUCCUGUUCCAGGGAAUCUGACAUUAAAAGCAAGCGUUGAACCGUUAUUAAAUCGAAGAUAUGAAGUUUAUGACCACCCACCAUUUUUAGAACAGACUCUAAAGUUUUUUCCUGGAUACACUGACUUCAGCUUUUCAAUGAGCAAAUUAGCUCGUCUUGUGAAUCAGUUAGAAGGGUCAAAGGUCACCUUGACAGCUUGCGUUGGAGAACAUUACCUGAAUCGUAUAGAAUGUGGAUAUUCAGCCGCAGUUAUCUUUAACUCCAGUAUCAAACUUGCGUUUCUGGGAUCCUCACCCCAAACCUUUAAGCCAAAUAUGCCAUUUAAGGCUUACGUUGCAGUGUCGUACAGUGAUGGGUCACCAUUGCCAUCUUGGCAGCUUGCAACGCAGAAGUUGAAAGUAAAGCCUUCCCUAUCCUUGCGUGGUGGUGGGUCACGUGAACUGCGCAUGCGUCAUGAAUUGGUUUCUACAGUUGAGCCAGGACUUUGGGAAAUUGAAAUUGAUUUAUAUUCCGAGCUAGGAGAAAAUGGCAACUUGGAAAGUGUUCGUUCCUUGCAGUUAGAGGCUUACUAUGAAGACGAUUCAGGGGCGAAAACAAAAACUACCUUAACUGCUUUUGCUACUUACUCCCCGAGUCAGCGUCAUCUGCAGGUGACUACAAGCACUAAACAACCAAAGGUAGGGGAGUACAUAAUCUUACAUGUAAGAGCCGACUACUUUGUGGAAAACUUCUCUUAUUUGGUUAUUUCUAAAGGAAUAAUACUUUUGGCCAGUCUCGAACAAAUGUCAUCAAGUAUCAAGACAUUUGCUGUAGCUUUGUCUCCUGAAAUGGCACCAUCAGCAACAGUCGUUGUUUAUGAUAUUGCUAGAGAAGGAGAAGUAAUUGUAGAUAGCUUAACAUUUCCUGUAGAUGGUGUUUCUAGAAACAAUUUCACAAUUAGCCUGAACAACAGGAAAGAUAAGACUGGGGAUACUGUGGAGGUAAUUGUUCGUGGAGAACCAGGUUCAUAUGUUGGCCUUUCAGCUGCAGACAGAAUGUUAUUUACAAUGCAGGCUGGUAAUGAACUGAGUUAUGCUGAUGUAAUGUACAAAAUGAAUACAUUUGAUGAAGCAGCCAAUGGCACCUUGACUCAUAUCUGGCAUUCUCGGGAAGGACAUUCUGACUCGGUUUUCUAUUUUCCAUCAUCAUCGUAUGGUAUUGAUGCCAACAGAACAUUUGAGUUUGCCAGACUUGUCGUUUUUACUGAUGCAAAUGUUACCAGGAAACCAGACAGGUGUAACAGAACAGCAGGAUUUGAAUCAUGUGUGGAUGAGGGCUGCUAUCCUGUCAGCAAACGCUGUGAUACCUAUUGGGACUGUGAUGAUGGAUCUGAUGAAAGUGGCUUAUAUUGUGGCCGUCCUCCCCUUGAUGAGUUAAAUCUAAAGGAGUUCAGGUUACAGCGUUUCAACCGAAUCCUGAACCUGUACGAGAAUUCUUGGUUAUGGGAAGAUGUUAAUAUUGGACCAUUAGGUUACUUUAUCUUCAAUGUGCCUGUACUUGACAUACCAACUAACUGGAUGGUUAGUGCUUUUGGUAUAGAUAAUGAUGUUGGAUUUGGAAUCCUUAACAAGGCAAUUGAAUUUUCUAGUAUAAAGCCUUUCUAUAUGAACUUGGAAAUGCCAUCACAGUGUAUGCAGGGAGAACAAGUUGGGCUGCGUGUCACCAUCUUCAAUUACAUGCUGACUGAAAUUGAGGUGACUAUUGUUCUGGCUAAUUCUCCAGAUUACAAAUUUGUUCAUGUUGAAGCACUUGGAAGGGUACAGUCAUACCAACCAAGGACAUCAUUUGGAGAACACCAACAUUUAGUAUUUGUUCAUCCUGGAAGGUCUUUGGUUGUAUAUUUUCCUAUAGUACCUACUAAACUAGGUGAUAUCAAUGUUACAGUUGUGGCAAAGACUCAAGUUUCUAAGGAUAAGGUGACAAAAACUAUUCGUGUAGAGUCUGAUGGAGUACCUCAACCUCGCCACACUUCACUGUUGCUUGAUCUUUCUCAAGGAGCUUAUCUGAUCAAGUAUUUAGACACUAAUAUCACUGAAACACCCAUUGUUCCUUUCCAACGAGAUCGGAGAUAUGUUUUUGGCUCAAAUAAGGCUAAAGUAUCAGUGUUUGGUGAUGUUGUUGGGGCUGUAUUUCCUACAAUGCCUAUGAAUGCUUCUAGUCUGCUAAAUAAACCAUUUGAUUGUGGAGAACAGAGCAUGUUUAACUUUGCAGCCAACCUCUAUACUCUACAUUACAUGCGUCUUACUGGACAACGAAAACCAGAUCUUGAAAAAGAAGCUUUCAAACACUUAAAUAUUGAAUAUCAGCGUCAACUAACUUACCAGAAUCAUGAUGGUUCCUUCCGUCUUUUUAGGUGGGAUAACAAACCAAGUGUUUGGUUAACUGCUUUUUGUGCAAGGAUAUUUCAUAAAGCAUCUUUCCAUGAGUGGGAGAAUUUCUUAUACAUUGAUCCAGAUAUCAUAAACAAAGCAAUGAAUUGGUUACUUAAAUACCAAUCAGAAGAUGGAGGCUUCUACGAAACUACCAUUUAUCCCUAUGACAGAAAAAUGAAUCAGACUUCAGAAAGACUAGGUGAUUCCAUACACCACCGAAACAUCUCUCUCACUGCUCAUGUUCUUAUCACACUGUCAGAGGUGAAAAAUCUUAGAGGGUACCUAGGAUCAAAAGUUGCGGCUGCAAGAACUAGAGCAAUGAGAUACUUAGAAAAAAUGCUUCACAUAGUAAAACAGUAUGAAGACCCUUUUGACCUGGCAAUUGUGACCUAUGCCUUAACAUUAUGUAACAGCGUAGAUGGGGAGGAAGCCUUCAACAUGUUGGAUGCCAGAAUGAGAGAAACAAGUGGAUUGGUGUACUGGGGUAAAGAGCCCGUACCACCCCCAAAAACCACAAUAGAGAACAAUCGCCCAUACUUAAUUCCUCGAUUGCCACACAAAUAUGAUUCCUCCAACAUUGCAGCAACAGCUUUUGGACUCUUGGUGCAUGUAGCAAGGCAGGCAGUGAUUCAAAAAGAAAUUGUUAGAUGGCUUAGUACACAGAGAUUGACAGAUGGUGGAUGGGCAUCCACUCAGGAUACAAUUAUAGCUUACCAAGGUUUGAUGGAGUAUGCUAUUCAGUCCAGGCUCAGUGAUGUUAUUGGCAUCUCACUAACUGUUGAAGCUCCCUCUACACCAGGUUUUGUUAAACAUUUAUAUGUAGGAGAAGACAACUUAUCUCAGCUUCAAAGUCUUGAGAUCCCAAAUGCAUGGGGACCAAUUAUUGUUAAAGCUCAGGGAUCAGGACUAGGAAUAUUACAAAUGUCCAUACAGCAUAAUGUUGACUGGAAUCACCUGCUAACCCCACCCCCUGUAAAAUCAUUCUCUCUCAAAGUACGAGGUCAUUUUUAUGGUCGAAACAGCUCCCAUGUUACAUUUCAUUCAUGCCAGAGAUGGAUUAAUCAGCAAGAAAGUAUAGUGAGUGGAAUGGCAGUCUUAGAAGUUGGUAUACCUACAGGCUAUUUCAUUCAACAGCAAGAACUGGAUGAGUACAUCAGGUCUCAUAGAGUACGAAACUUACAAGAGGCCAGAUUUACCAACAGGAAAGUCAUCUUCUAUUUUGAUUAUCUGGAUGCCAUAGAUACUUGUGUGUCCUUUACAGUUCACAGAUGGUAUCCUGUAGCUAACAUGACGAGAUACCUUUCAAGCAGGGUUUAUGAAUACUACACACCAGAACGGUACAAUGAAACAAUGUAUGAUGUUUACCACCUUUAUGCACUGGACAUCUGUCAGGUGUGUGGAUCAUAUCAAUGUCCAUAUUGUCCUGUAUUUAGUUGGGCACCUACUCUCCAUCCUGACUCUCUUACAUUCCUGAGUUUCACAGGUUUUAUUCUCUUUGUUACUGUCCUUAGAGAUAACUAGUUCUAAUUAUCGUUUUCAAUAAAAUGCCUAUUCAAAGACAGAUUGUUAGGUCAGGGAAUAAUACAUUAAAUAAAAUAUGAUGAAACUGAUACCUUAAAAUUAACUUUACAAAUAGUUUGAGUUAUGUGAUAAAUGUCAUUUGUUACAUGAAUGGGAAAAUUUAAGUUGUUUAUGCAUGUCAUUUAUAAUGUGAAUCUCAGAUUGAGAUGUAUCAUUAAUAUACAAUUUUUAUCUUCCUUUUGUGGCCUUUGUUUUGGCUGUAUCUACAUUAUAUGUUUUAUUUACAGCUUUUGUUUUAAACUUUUCUUUUGGUGGUUUUACUGUAAAUAUUUUACCAUAUACAUUAUUAAUUUAAGGGAUUAUUAUGCAAUUUCUUUUCUGUAAAAGUACUUUGAAGUAAUUGUUUCAGACUGGCAAACAGCUAUUAGCUUACAAUUUAAAUUGAAACAUUAACUGCUAAUUAGCAAACAAAGUAACAGAAGUAAAGUAGUUAGGUGCAGUAUUAAAUUGGGAAGAAAUGGAAAAGUACUUCAUAUAAUUGGAAGUUUUGUAGUACUUAAUUCUUUCCUCUGUUAAAAUCUCAGUUAGGAAUAGGAAUCCUUUAUCAAGAGUGGUGGAUAAUCUGUUU